GCGGCCCGUUGCCAGGGGCGACCGGUGAGCGUGCGACUCCGAGCUGAACGGCAACGGCAGCACGCGGAUCUGCGCGGCUCGGGCUCGCGCUGAGACGGCCGGUCCGCGGCGGUUCGCUGUCUUGCGGCUGCGCCUGUCGCUGCCGCACGUGCGUCGCGCGAGCGCUCGGCGGCGGAGAUGAAGGGGAAGAAGGCGAAGCCCGUGGAGGAGCCGAGCGCCGUGCCGGAGUCCAACUGGGAAGCGGGACUCGUGGCAGCGCCCCUAGUGGAGGAGGGCUGGCAGGCAUGCGUGACCCUGGUGGUCGGCGAGCGCAUCGCCGAUGACGUCCACAUCAAGGCGCUCCUGCAGGCCGUCCGGCAGCCCCAGCGCCGCCUCUUCUGCGCCAUCACCUGGGAAAACAUGAUAGAAAAGAUCAACGAGCUGGGGAACCCCCGGGGCAGGAAGCCCAAGGAUGUCCCGCUGUUUUAUGAGGUGACCGAGCCGGCGAAGGUGAUUCUGGAUGCGAAGGAGGAGCUUCCCUGUCAGCUCCUGGGCAAACUGCUCAAAUUCCUUCUGCUGGUCGCCAAGGGCAACAGCAUGCAGCACAUGGGGGCCACCGAGCAUAAGGCUGCAGACGACCAGGCCAGGGAGAAGGACAAAAGCGGGGCGUCGGUGAAGCCCCCCGCGAAGGUGGAGAAGGCAAAAAAGGCCCCCGAGCCCCACACUGCGAUGAAGGAGACCAAGCUGAAGCGCAGAGGGGAGGAGGAGGAGGUGCGCAAGUUCAUCGACGAUGAGCCGGACGACGGACCCCAGCUCUACGUCCUGCUGGUGGGCUUCCAUCAGCUGCAGCUCUUCCCCAUCCUGGACUCGCUGGGCGUCCACGUCUCGGCCGUCCUGCGUCUCGGCUCCGAGGCGGUCGAGGUGCAAGAGGGGAGUGAGUCGCCUGAGAACGAAGCCCUUGAGGCCCAGAAGCGGAAGAGGCAGGAGGGGCUGGACACGUUCUGGAAGUUUCUGGAGCCGGUCCUGAACAGUGGUCCAGCUCGGUCCAAGCUGUUUGACGUGGCGCGGCUGCGGUACAUCGUCAAGAAGGACCUGGUCCCCCUGGACAUGGAGGACAGCAAGAUCGUGCUGGCGUUCGGGUCGCGUAUCUUUGAGGAUGUCGCCUGCCUCAUCUACAACUGCCUUGACUGGCGCAAGCAGCACCUGCACUACCUGGACAGCAUGAGACUGGUGCCGGUUCCAUCCGUUGCCAAGGUGACAGCGCCAACACCAAAGAAGAAGCCCAUACCUGGGGAAGCGGCUCCUAGCGCACCUGAGCCACUGGGGUCGACCUACCGCACCCUGUUGGACACCAUCCCCCCCGAGGCCCUGUCCGUGUCUCUCAUCCUGCACUGCGUGCUGGAGCAGGUGGUGGCGUCGCAGGAGGAGGUCCUCGCGUCCUGCAUGGACAGGCAGGAUCGGAGCCUAGAAAAACACCCCCCGCGGGACAGCGCACCUAGCGCUGCUCGGGGCACCACGCGACUCUCGGACCCCCAGGGCUUCCCCACCGCUGAGAGGAUGAUGGGAGAUUCCGGGGCGGUGAAACAUCCCGAGGAGGAGAGCAAAGCGGUCGAACUGCUGCUCUUGGGCUACCAUGAUGAGAGAUCCAGGAGACUGCACCACCUUUCCGUGUGCCACGGGUUCGACCCAAUGAAGGCGGAAGUGGAUAUGCAGAAGAACACGCGAGUGUUUGACCUCCUCCGAUCGGUUCGACCCCCGACUGAGAACACGGCGCGGCUGGCGAGGGUCCAGGAGCUCUGCUACUUCUGCGCCGACGAAUCCCUCUGCUGGGCCCUGGUGGAGAGGGCUUUCAGCCAGUUGGAGCUGGAGAGCAUAGCGCUGACGGAGACGGACCAGAGCGGCCGCCUGGCUACCGCCGGACCCACGGACUCCGGCCCGAACCCGUGGGACGACCCUGUGUCUUUCGCCAAGCUCUUCCUCAGCCAGCAGCAGGAGCAGCAGGAGCCGCAGGAACAGGACCGAGGGCCACAUGAUGACAGCCCAGGCGCUUCGGAGGCAAACCAGCCGGUCCGCAUGAGCGUCGAGGCGAUCCAGAAGGCCCGGCGCCGUUCCCUGACGGCGUGGCACUUCGCUGAGCGCCACAGCGCCGCCGUGUUCCCUCAGGUUCUUGGGAACGCUUCUCAGGCUUUCCGCUGCAUGGACACCUACAGACGUUGCUAUGACAACUCGAUGCUGGUGGUGUGUCACAACCCCAUGGGCCCCCAGCGGCAGAGCACCGAGAGCUGGGACGUGGCCCUUCACACUGACGUCGGCUUCAGGAAGUACCUGGAGCACGUGGCCGAUUCCAUCUCCGACUGGGUGCAGCAGGAGGAGGCGAAGUGGAGGGCGCCUCGCGACAAGAGGGAGCCGUCGGAGCACUCGGACCGAGGCAGAGAGGAGGGCGCCGAGAAGAAGGGCAGCCCCUCCCCCAAAAGGAUGACUGCUUCACCCGCCAUGUCUGUGGAUGAGUCGACGAAGGAGUCGUACAUCCGGAAGGACUCUCUGAAGGCGUGGAAGAUGGAGCAGGACAAGCUGAAGGAGGACGACUCAGCCAACAAGGCCAAGAAGGACAAGGCGGGCAAGGCUUCGGGAAAGGGGGAGCGCUCCGAGUCGUCCGAGGACAGGAAGAAGACGCCGUCCCCCACCAAACGGAGCCGGGAGGACCUGCUGCACACCCUCGAGGAGCCGCCCCCGGCCGAAGAAGCCUUCACGGGAUUCACCGGCUAUUGCAUGGACGGCGCCCUCGUGCAGAUACGCGGCGAGACGCACUAUCUGUUCCCCUCGGACGGGGGGCUCGUCCGGGUGGAGAGGACGCACUUUGUGGAAGGUUCGACGCUCGUCCGGGUGAGAGUGACGAAGGACAGGCAUCAGUUCUUCACCCACAUCAGCGACCCCGAGGAGGAUGUGGGGCAGGACGGGAACCGCAGUGCAGGCGCCGGAGGGCAGAAGGGGGGCGUGAGCCGCGGGGGGUCCUUCUCCGCCCUGCUGCACGGUGGGAUUCGCCUGGCCUACAGCCGCCACGGCCCCUCCGGGGAGAGUCGAGACGCACGAGACGGAGAGCUGACCGCCGAGAUGGAGAAGCUCCUGGCGGCAGCUCCGGCGCACGAAGGUCCCGCCCCCCUGUCCCCAUCCUCCACGGCCAAGCGAGGCAAGCCGUCCAACUCCCCGAAGAGCUCCCAGGGCAAGCUGUGUCCCACCGCGCCCGUGUCCCCAGCACCCCCCGUCCCCUCCGUGUCCCCCGCGCCCCCUGUGGAGGGAGACCCUGCGGCAGAGUCCACAGAGCAGGCUGUACCACCAGAGGGCUCCUCCACAAAGCAGGAGAGACCCCCCUUUCAGACACUCGGUGUGUCGACCCCCAGCGGCCUGUUGCUGCAGUUCCUCCAUGAGGAGUUGACAGGAGUCACGGGACGCAGCGGGGGCCUCCUGGUGAGGCAGCGUUUCCCUCACUGCAGGGGCCGAGAGCGAACCGUCACCAGCCAGGGGACCGUGGUCAAGUGUCUGGGGGACGGGUGCACCGAGAUCCUGUUUGCGGACGGGACGGUCAGUUGCAGCCCCUACUCCGGGCCCGUCAGUCAGCCUCCGACAACCCCGCCCACCAGGGAGGCGGAGCCAAAGAGGGAGAAGACUCAGGAGGUGAUGGACUCCGUGGACAAUAAGGGAAAGACCGUUCCUAAGCAGAGUGCCGCAGUCGAACCGAAAACCAGGACGGGACCGCGGGCCCUGCAGGACCUCAAGGCGGGCGCUGAGCAGACACCACAGCCGCGCAUGGACAACUGGGUGACCACAGCACCCUCCGGAUUCCGCGUGGCCACAGUGGCAGAGCGGGUAGAAACCGUCCAGCCUGUGCAGGCGUCCAAAGCCACGGACCCAACUAGCGGGACGGUGGUGGUCACCAGAGAGGAUGGGGUCUUCAUCAUGAUCGAGAGCGAUGGCACUGUUACCGCGGAGCACUCAGACGGCACACGGAUCACGACCCGGUAUGAGGACGCCGAGGAGCCCGCCAUUCCAGAGUGCCUGGACACAGACGCUGAGGUGACCACUGCUCACUGUGGCUCCCUCUGCGGUCCAGGAAAGGACCCCCUUGCCGGGACCAGGACAGUGAAGGAGGUGCUGGUGGAAUGCGAAGACUUUGCCACCGUGGUCAUGAGCUUCACGGAGGAAACGUGCACCGCUACGUUUGGAGACGGGACCGUGGUCAGCGCCACAUCCAGGGGGUCUUACCAGGUGCUUCCUUCGAGUGGUGGACUCCUCCACAUCGAAGAGGAUGGCAGCGCUUCCUACACCUCGCGUCCUGACCGCAGCGCAAUGCUGCCCCCCGGAGGCGAACAGCCAACAGCACCGCGGUCCAGCUACGUCAUGAGGCACACGAGCAGCGUGGUGUGCGAGGUCACAGACUCCGAGGGAAACCUGUUCCAGGUGACGAUGGAUGGAAAAACCAACGUGGUUCUCGCAAACCCAGACGACGUGACCGCAGAGUCCAGCGAGGAGGAGGUGGAGGAUGAGGAGUUGCAGGAAGAAGAAGAUGAGGCAGUGGAGGAGGCUGGUGUAGGACAUGUGGAAGAGGAAGAGGGACACAUGGAGGACGGAGAGACGCCUGAACUCCCCCAUGUGAUCCAGAAAGACCAGCCCGCCAGGUUCUUCAUCGCCCACGCAGACGGCUCCGGCACUGAGCUGCUCAGGCUGCAGGACGUGGAGGGCUUUCUGAGUAUGGCCGAGAUCGAACCGUCCACCGCCGUGCUGAAGGAGUCCUUCCCAGACUUGCCUGGGGUUUUGGGGAUCACUGUCCUCAGACCGUGUCCCAAAGACAUCGCGUCCUGCUGGAUUGUCCCCAAGCAGAAGCCGGAUGUCGUUCCCGCCGUUUUCAAGUCCAGGAAGUGGGAGAAGCUUCCGCCCAGCGAGGUUCCGGUCUCCCUCGCGGCUCAGAGCACGGUGACACCGUGCCCUCCGACCAACACCUCCCUGGGUAGGGGCCUGCGCUCCAGCGAAGGGCCACAACAUCACACUCCACCCCCACUCCUUUGCUGCCCCGAGGCGCUGGAGGUGCGACUGCUUGUCCAGUACGAACCAAUCAGCAGUGAACUGCGCAGGACCCUGGAGGACCGUUUGAAAGAGUACAUGGACCAUGUGCUGAGGAGGGAGUUCUUAUGGCAGGAGAUGCAGUUGAAGGACCCGCGCAGUGAGGAAGAGAAGAGUCGUGCCGCCAAGCUGCUGCAGCGCUUCCGUUCCCAGCUGUGCCCCGAUCAUCCCAGUGACUCCUUGGAGAAGAGGAUCAGUGGCGGAGACGUCGGAGGGCUCUACACCCAGGUGUUGCAGCCCAGCAGUGACUCCCCAGACGAGAGUGUCCCGGACGAGAGCUUGGCCAGGUCCAGUGUUGAAGAGCGUGAGUCGCAGUGGCCAGCCGCACUGGAGCAGUACAGGGAGGAGCUCCGUGAGGGGUCUUGCUGCAGGGAGUCCCUGAGGAACAAGCUGAUCCCACCCUACUUCCUGUCCGACUUCGCCAACGCUGUCCGGCACACACAGGAGGUCCCUGACAUGCGGUCCCUGUCCCAAGCUCUCCCGCCGUUUCCCAGGACAGGACAGAACGCUGAGAUCCAGCACUUCCUCAGAGACGCCACACCAAAGACCAGAAGUGACCCGAUAGCUGAGGGAAAGCCUACCAGCCCUGUCCCCCCGGUAUCCACUCUGGCCCGUUCCUCCGUCCCAUCCCGGAGGUGCGGCUCCCAGGACCGGCAGAAGCAGUGGGGUCCACCUCACUUAACCCCUGGACACAGGACGUCCACUCCAGGGGACAGAACUCAGGACCUUAAGGGAACGAGGAGAGUCGGUGCUCGGCCACACGGAGCGCCUUUGGAUUCCGAGGAGGCGCUUCAGAAGGUCACAUUUCCAUCCUCUGUCCUGAGCUCCAAGCCCAGAAGCGUGCCCAACGAAAGGUUCCUGAGCGUGGAGGAGCCCGUGAGGAGGAAGGUGCGCACCGUGUCGGUGGCCGGGACCAGGAUGGGCUCCCUGCGCGGGUUCGAGCUCCACCCCACGGAGGUCCGCUUCGGGGUGCUGAAGGAAGGGUGCACCUACUGCGUCCCCGUGGUGCUGAGGAACAUCGGGAUCGACUCGUGCAGGUUCCACGUGAAGCAGCCGCCACCGGCCACCGGACUGAGAGUGGUCUACAACCCCGGUCCUGUGGCUGCAGGGAUGCAGACGCAUCUGCAGGUGGAGCUCUUCGCCAUGGCCUCCGAGCUGCAGGACGGCACUGCGGAGGGACACCUGUCUCUGGACGUCCAAAUCCUCACGGAGACGGAGAUCAUCUUCCUGCCCGUGUUUGCAACUGUGCUCCCGGAGGCGCUGUACGACAGCAGGGCGUUGGAGCGCAGCCCCCCGGACCGGGCAGGUGGAGCCAGGGUUCGGAUCGUUUCCAGCACCCCGACUGUCGGACGAGGUGUUCUGCGGCCCACAAAACUGCCCACCGCCUCCGAUGGACAGUAGAGAUGAUGCCUCCUGAAGAGCAGUGUGUCCCACCUAGAGGACAAUGAUGUAGAGGGUGGCAGCACAGCAGGGCUGAGGUUUGAAUGAACCUGAAUGAAGUUCUUACCCUGAAUGGUACGGUAAAAAUUAUCCUGCUGUCGGCUGAAUGAGAGUUCAUAAUAAAGAGCACC